CAAAAGGGGGAAUCUUCAGACGAUUGAUUAUCUCAAGAAAGAGCUAGGAUAAGAAUGAGGAGAGAACAAGAGGAGCCUGCUGAGAGAGAACAACAACUGGCAGGUAACAGAGCUCGAGUUACACUGAUGAGAGAACAAGAGGAGCCUGCUGAGAGAGAACAACGAGUGGCAGGUGAAAGAGCUCGAGUCACACGGAGAAGAGAGCAGGAGGAACCUGCUGGGAGAGAACAACGACUGGCAGGUGAAAGAACUAGGAUUCGAGUAAGAAGAGAGGAAGAGGAGCCUGCUCAGAGAGACCAUAGACUAACGAGUGAAAGAAGUAGAUCUCAACGUAGGAGACUAGAGGAUCAUGAACAAAAUGCAUCUAAUAUGUUGAAAUUUCACGAAGGUCUUUCAUUUCUUACUUCUGCUAAAUGUGAUACAUGUUUAGAAAGAUUUCCAACUCUAUCAGUCACCUCUCAGCCAAAUGGUAUCAAUGAGUGCAGUAGAUGUGCUCGUGACAAGAGUAUUCCCAAUUGGUACUCCAGUGCAAACAACAUACCCUGGAUCAGUACCACUACAGUUGCAGGGCCUCAGUCAAACAGAGGAAAUGCUGAUAUCUGCUAUGUACAUGGUUUUGCUACGACGUUACCCAGACUGCCAUCUGAGAUAGAUAUUCUGGUUGUUCGGAAGGAAAAGGAACAGACUCAUAGAGACUUUCGUGUCCAUAGGAGAGCUGUUGAAGAAGCCAUUACAUGGUUGCUGGCUAAUAACAUCUAUUACAGGGGUAUUGGAGUCAUUGUAGAUCAGGACACAUUGGCCAGUUUAUCCGAAGGUAGAGAUCUCACUGUCCUUCGCACAAUUCAGCCGGCAGAGUCUCAGAAAGAAGUAACACCAGAUGAUUUUACCACUGAAGAACAUUAUUCAUCAUCAUUUGUACGUAAUGCUGCACCACCAGCUACUCAGAGGGAAACCAUUGAGCAAGCUGUACAAUCAUUAGGACACUCACAGUCAUCUCAUCUUAUGUGGCCAAGCAUUGGAGGGACUCCUAUCAAUGAAUUCCAGACUGAGGGAUACUUCUCAAUUGCAUUCCCUACUUUAUUUCCUACUGGUGCUGCAAACUUUAAUGGUAUACGUAUGAACUCAGUCACAGUUGGCAAUUACUUCACUCACCUCAUGAAGUAUGACAAUGGGAGAUUCGCUAAGCACCCUCGGUUCCGUUUCUUAGCUCUUAACACUGAGAUGCGAUGGCGUGCUAACGAAACUGGUCAAAUUUACAUCAGACAACAUUCUGGUGAAGCUCACCUUACUAUAGAUGAUCUUCGUGACAUGAUUGGUCGUGAAGGAGAAUCAUUCUCAAAUAAAGUUGUUUAUUAUGGAGCAAGCUUACGUGGUACCAGGCUGUACUGGUUUAGAGAGAGGAACCAUUUUAUUGCUAUGAUUGACACUCUAGGACUGCCCACCAUCUUCUUCACUCACAGUGCUGCUGAUCACCAGUGGCCUGAGUUAGCUAGCCUUAUCUGUCCUGAAGAUCCAGACGAUAAGCAGGCUCGUGUGAAAGCUGUUAUUAAUCAUAACUUAACCCCACCUUGCAAUUAA